AUGUCGCGGACUAAGCUAAAUUACAUUCUUCAAUCUUCCAUGACCCGUAUGGGGAACACGACUCGUCGUCUCUGGGCGUUAGCCUCCAGGACCGUUGAGACAGGCUACUCACCCUGGGGAGUCUGGGAAUGCACAGCCAAGAACUUGCUCCAAGCGCCACAGUCGCAACAGAAUGAAGUCUUCCAGCAUUUCCUCCAUACCAAGCAACGAGAACUCGAGAUAGUAAUAAUAUCCAGUGUUCUAGUUGCUACCCUCGUCGGCAGCUUGAUGUCGUGGAAUUGGUUUCCAGUUCCUCCAUACACUGCAAAGAUUGCCAUGCUUUGUGCACUUAUCCAUGCGCUUCUAGGCACCUCAAUCGCCACACAGCAGUUCUUGAUUAUGGCGCAAAUCUCAAUCAGCCCGCAACGUAACAAGGCGUUACUAUGUGCAAUUCUAGGAUCAGAUGCUAGUAGUUUCGCCUCUCCGAUGCCUCGACCAAGGCGCCUGACAUCUGUCUCUUGGCAGGCACCUACGAUGCUACUAGGAAACAGCAUAGUGUUUCUGCUUGUCGGGAUUGCAAUCCACAUAUAUGACGCUGCCCGAAGUGCUGGAAUUUGGGGGGCUGAUAUGGUAACAGCGCUUUGCUUUACUAUAUCGUUGAUCUUUGCAGUCACUACAUACUUUAUUCAUUGGGUUGCACUAUAUUGGGUUGUUAAUGCUGAGCUACAGGCCUAA